AUGGCUAGGCUGAGUAGGCUCCCACGCGAUGCGGUACUUCAGAAUUGGCUUGCCCCUUCACACGCGGAUUCGCGAGUCCAGCAUCUUUUUGACCAGCCACUCCUCCCUGGUCACACCGCCGUGCUUAACCGGGAUUGA